UUUUGACGCUUAUGCAUUAACAGUACUGAAAUUGUAUAACUGUCAAAUUGGCUUGUUUAGGUUCGUUAAGGUUAUGUUAAAUUGAUCAUCGAAAAUGUUUUUAAAUCCUAACAACACCGUUUCUGGAUUUACUUUGCCUACAACCACACCGACAAAUACUGGUUUUUCUUUCGGCGCUGGAGAUGCGAAAACUACAAAACCCACCCUUACAUUGGGUACUCCAAUUGCUACAGCAACCACAACUCCUUCUACAGGAUUUAAUUUGGGAACUUCAGCCCCUUCAAAUACAACCCAAUUUAGCUUUACUGGUUUAGCUACAACACCAGCGUCAUGUGCUACUCCAGCGGCUUUAUCAUUUUCUUUACCAACAACCACCACACCAUCUUUGUUUUCUUUAAAUACAUCAAAUACGACUACAACUCCAGCUACGACAACUUCAACAGGUUUUUCGUUAACUAACACGACUUUAGCUGUUAAAUUACCUAUCAGCUCAACAACAACUACUACAAGUAAUGCUUUAACUGGUUUAGCCUCAGGUUUAGCUGCAGUUUCAAGUGCAGUUUCUUUAUCUACAACUUCCGCAGCUCCAGCUAUUUCAACUUUACCUUCUGGUUCUUUAACUUUUACACAACUGGAAGAUAAUAUAAAUAAAUGGACCGUGGAAUUGGAGGAGCAAGGAAAACAUUUUACCAAUCAAGCUAAACAAAUUAAUGCUUGGGAUCGUUUGUUAAUAACAAAUGGAGAAAAAAUUCUUUCUUUAAGUAAUGGAAUAUCUCGUGUUAAACUCUUACAACAACAAUUAGAUCAAGAACUUGAUUUUGUGCUAGCCCAACAAAAAGAACUUGAAGAUUUAGUGGUGCCUUUAGAAAAAGAAUUAUCUCAAAUACCAGUUACUGAUUUUGAUAGAAAUCAAACUUACCAAAUGGCUGAAACUCUCGAUACUCAGCUAAAACAAAUGUCUGAAGAUUUAAAGGAGAUUAUCGAACAUUUAAAUGAAGCGAGUAAAAACCAGGAGCUUUCAAAUCCGGUCACUCAGAUUGGACGCAUCUUAAACGCUCAUAUGAAUUCAUUGCAAUGGAUUGAUAGAAACACUUCUAAAAUUUCCACUCAUUUGGAUCAAAUUUCAAAAAUGCAUGAUAUGAAUAAGAGAAAUCAUGAGAUGAAUUUGCAAAGAACUUAUGAUUAGCAUUAUUUUUUUUUGGUUACUUUGCGUUAAACAGUUUGUAUUAAUAAAGUCAUAAAUAAAUCGUUUCAUAAAUUUAA